GGCCGCGGGGCGGCGCGGGGCGCGGGCGCCGAUCUCCAAGCAGGCAGGAUGAGCAUCAAGGCCUUCACACUGGUCCCUGCGGUGGAACAGGAACUGCUCAUGGGCGACAAGGAGCGGGUCAGCAUAGAGUGCGUGGAGUGCUGCGGCAAGAACCUCUACGUGGGCACCAGUGAUGGCUCCAUCAUCCACUUCCUGCUGGAGGAGCAGCCUCUGCCCGCUGGCACGGUCACUUUCUCGGCCUCCAGGCAACUGCGCAGGCACCUGGGCUCGAGGAAGCCCGUGGAGGAGCUGCGGGCGGCAUCAGCCCUCAGCCGGCUGCUGGUGCUAUGUGACAGCUGCAUCACGCUGCUGCACAUGACCAGCCUGGAGCCUGUGCCCUCAGGAGCCCGUAUCAAGGGGGCCGUGGCCUUCUCCCUCAAUGAGAACCCCGUCAGCGGGGACCCCUUCUGCGUGGAGGUCUGCAUCAUAUCCGCCAAGCGCAGGACCCUCCAGCUCUUCCUGGUGUAUGAGGACCGCGUGCAGAUCGUCAGGGAGGUGUCCACGCCCGAGCAGCCCCUGGCCGUGGCCCUGGAUGGCCAUUUCCUGUGCCUGGCCCUGACCACUCAGUACAUCAUCCUCAACUACAGCACCGGCACCUCCCAGGACCUGUUCCCUUACUGCAGCGAGGAAAAGCGUCCCAUUGUCAAGAGGAUAGGGCGACAGGAGUUCCUGCUGGCAGGCCCCGGAGGGUUAGGCAUGUUUGCCACCGUGGCCGGGAUCUCUCAGCGCGCACCUGUGCACUGGUCAGAGAGCGUGAUCGGGGCCGCUCUCUGUUUCCCGUACGUGCUUGCCCUCGACGACCAGUUCAUCACGGUGCACAGCAUGCUCGACCAGCAGCAGAAACAGACCCUGCCCUUUAAGGAAGGCCACAGUCUACAGGAUUUUGAAGGAAGAGUGAUUGUCGCCACAGGCAAAGGAGUUUACAUCUUGGUUCCGUUACCUCUGGAAAAGCAAAUCCAGGAUCUCCUUGCCAACCGGAGAGUGGAGGAGGCGCUGGUUUUAGCCAAAGGAGCCCGGAGGAACAUUCCAAAAGAGAAGUUUCAGGUGAUGUACAAGCGGAUCCUGCAGCAGGCAGGAUUCAUACAGUUUGCACAACUUCAGUUCCUAGAAGCAAAAGAGCUCUUCAGAAGCGGCCAGCUCGACGUCCGGGAGCUAAUCUCACUCUACCCCUUCCUGCUGCCCACCUCAUCUUCAUUUACGCGGUCUCACCCCCCUCUCCACGAAUAUGCGGACCUCAACCAGCUGACCCAAGGAGACCAGGAGAAGAUGGCCAAAUGUAAGAGAUUCCUCAUGAGCUACCUGAAUGAAAUACGCAGCACAGAGAGCUCCAAUGGCUACAAGGAGGACGUGGACACAGCGCUGCUGAAGCUGUAUGCAGAGGCUGACCACGACAGCCUGCUGGAUCUGCUGGUCACCGAGAACUCCUGCCUGCUGAGUGACAGCGCCGCCUGGCUAGAGAAGCACAACAAGUAUUUCGCCCUGGGGCUGCUCUAUCACUAUAAUAAACAAGACUCCAAGGCUGUCCAGCUGUGGGUGAACAUCGUGAACGGGGAUGUGCAAGAUGCCACCCGCUCGGACUUGUACGAGUAUGUCAUUGAUUUUCUCACCUAUACCUCGGACCAGGAGCUUGUGUGGAAGUAUGCCGACUGGGUCUUACAGAAGAGCCAGGAGGUUGGAGUUAAAGUGUUUACCGGGCGACCCUUGGAUGAAGGGCAGAAGAACAGUUUCAAUCCCAACGAUAUCAUUACUUGCCUUAACAAAUACCCCAAAGCUCUUGUUAAAUAUCUGGAACAUCUAGUCAUGGACCAGAGAUUGCAGAGGGAAGAGUUCCACACGCGCCUCGCGCUCCUCUACCUAGAUCAGGUUCUGCAGCUCCGGCUCCCGGAGGGCAGCCCCGAUGGUAGCCCUGGGGCAGAGGUCCCCGAAGUGCAGAAGAAGCUCCGCCUCCUGCUCCAGAGAUCCGACCUCUACAGAGUCCACUAUCUGCUUGAUCGGGUGCGCGGGGCCGGGCUGCCGCUGGAGCGUGCCAUCCUGCACGGAAAACUGGAGGAGCACGACGAGGCUCUGCGCAUCCUGGUGCUGGAGCUGCAGGACUUCGCAGCGGCCGAGGACUACUGCAUGUGGCGCUCCGAGGGCCGCGACCCAGCCUACCGCCGCCGCCUCUUCCACUCCCUGCUCAGCCUCUACCUGAGCUCCGAGCUGCCUGUGGCUGCCACCGACCUCCUGAACCGCCACGCGGCCGAGUUCGACGCGGCGCAGGUGCUGCCGCUGCUGCCGGGAGCCUGGUCGGUGCAGUUGCUCUGCCCGUUCCUCACGGGCGCUGUCAGGGACAGCGUGCAUGGCGGCAGGAGUGCGCAGGUCGCUGUGGGCCUCGCCCGCUCCGAAAACCGACUCUACAAGUACGAGAAGAUGAAGCUGAAAGGAAGCUCAGUGUGGCUCUCAGACAAAAAGCUUUGCCAGCUGUGCCAGAAUCCUUUUUGUGAGCCCGUGUUUGUUAGAUACCCAAAUGGUGGCCUCGUACAUAUGCACUGUGCAGCCAGCAGACACAGGAGCCCCAGUCCCCCCACCCCUGGCCCUCGGACUUGAAGAGGCCCACCAAGGUGCCAAGGGGUCCCACAUUCUUCACCGAGCCAACAGGGUGCCGGGAGCAAAGAGUCAGGGUAGGCUGGGCCUGCCAGGAUGGAGACAUGACACAUCCGGGUGCUGGGGACACCCCCAGGACUUGUGUGCUGCUCCACAUUGAAUGUAAACGUACAGCCCCCAGGGAGACAGCAAGAGCCAAGCCACGGAGCGGAGCCCACUGCUGCCCAGCAGGACAUGAACGCUGCUGACCACCCAGGCUCUGCCUCCAGGAGCCCGUUUGUUUGCACUGGAAACAUUGGUGGCUAGAGACAAGGCCUCUUCUGGGUGCCUGCCCCCUCCAAGGCUGCCUCUCCCACCAGCCCUGCCUUGCCCAUUACAUUACACUUUCCUCUGGGAAGUGUUUCACCCCUGUCCUGUACCCAGCUCUCCCCAGUGGGCUGUGGUGCAUCUGGCCACCUUGCAGGUGUCCCUGGGGUGGGGACUUGGGAGAACAGCUCC